AUGCUCGCGACUCCACGCCUCCCGCUUACGAUGGCUUCGGUGUAUCGCCCUGACACCGACCCACAACCAUCGUCCAUCGAUUACGAAGACAGCCUCUUUCCCCAAAAUGCACCCCAUCCUCCGUCCGGCGCCCCAUUGCUCACCGCUGAAGAUCAAGAGGCCCUCAGCACCUUUUUCAAAGACAUGGGCUCCGACAGCCCUGCUCCUAGUGGCCUGGCUGGCGGCCCCAUGCAUAGCGAGAGCUGGAUGGACCUGCCGCCCAAGUUUAUGGGCUCCACCAGUUUCUACGGCGAGCACCACGAAGGUCUGGUCGGGUCGUUGACCGGUGAUUUCCAUCAGUUGAUAAACAACGCAUCGUCGUCCUUCAACAUGCCGCCUCCGCCCCCACCUUCGCUGCCGACGACCGACGAGCAGACCCAGACCUCCGGUGCACCGUCCUCCUUUGACCAUUACACCUCCUUAGUAUCGGAAAGUGCGCAUCCGUCGCAGUCGUCUGCCGGUGUGCGCUCUUCUGCUAUGGACAACCACCGCCAGUUUUCCGCCGAGGUGCUCGAGGCUGCUUCUGUCCUGCAUGACGGCUCUCUGCAUCGCGCGAGCUUCUCCUAUGGCACCCAGCCGUUUUCUCGCCAGAACACCGGCCCGGCGCCGUCGUCUUCGCCUGCAAAGCCACGCACUCUGACCACGACGCUCGCAGAUCAUGAAAUCGGCCUCGCCUCCGAACUGGGACUGGCUUUGGAGCAUGCGUCGCUGGCGCCGCCAUCCAGUUUACCGUCUGUCCACCAUACCAAUAUGUUUUCUGCCAUGUCGCUGCUCCACGGGGACAGCAGCCAGGACGUACCACCGGCUGCCAGCGUACACCGGUCGGCGCCACGAGCAGAGCUGCACUGGGGUUCUGACCAGAGCUUCAACCAGGUGCAGUAUAUCCCGCGGUCGGCCAAGGAGACUACAGAAGCACUGGAGAGCGUGCACCUCAAGACUAUGGAGUGUCUCGAGGUCAGCCGCAGCGCCAACACUACACGCCCGCCGAGUCCUGUAUACGGUGCCAGCCUGCAUCAGCUCAAUCUCAAGACUAGGAUCGCUUCCAUGUCGGCCGCGACGGAUGUCGGCCGCAAGCGCAGUGUACCGCCUCCAGCGACGCGGCUAAAACGCCGCAGAGAAACGGCGUCUGACAGAGGUGAGGCCGAUGAUGAUGCUGGUGCAGAUGACGAAGAUGUUGCCGUUUCCGGCGAGUUUGGAGCAGCCGGGACCACAACGAGGAUGGGCAAGAAAUGGGGCAAUGUCUCUGUCAACGGGAGCAACGGCGUCAGUAACGGCAGCAAUUUUCUUCCGCUGUCGCCGAACUCGCCGCAGCAGAUAAUGCCGUCGUCGUCAUCCUGUAGCGGCAUGAGCGAUGGCACUGGGAAGCGCAGACGGCUGGGGAGCAGUAGCCAGGCAAAGCCGCCGCGCGAGAACCUUUCGGAGGAGCAGAAGCGCGAGAACCACAUCAAAAGCGAGCAGAAACGCCGGACGCUAAUCAAGGAGGGCUUUGACGACCUGUGUGUGCUCGUGCCCAGUCUCCACGGCGGCGGCUUCAGCAAGAGCGUCAUGCUGUCGAUGGCAGCCGACUGGCUGGAGGCUCUCAUCAGUGGAAACCAGCAGCUCCGGGAACAGCUGUAG